AUGGAGGGGUUGUUUAAGGAUUUUGGUUAUAUUCAGUGGAAGGACUUUUACUGGGGAAAGCCUGAUGCUAGAGGUGGUGUUGCCCUUAAGCUACUUAGGCUAGAUAGAGAUGUGGUGAACAUGUAUGAGGAUGCAAUUAGAAAUGAUGAUAGGGUGAUACAUGUGUAUUGGGAGCAUACAGUAGACACUCCAACUGAGGCUGAGGUGGUUGACGUAGAUGUGGAAGAGGUCCCUACCCCUGAAACAGCCAAUGUAAAUGCAGAGAGUGUGAAAUCACCUGGAGGGAGGAAGAGGGCACAAAAGAGUCAAAAACCAACCAGAAUUCUGAGGCCAAGAAAACUAACAACAACACUAGGCCAGAAGUCAUCCCAGAAUUACCAUCAGUAUGAGUCUGAGGAGCUGCACAGCCCAUAUUCGUCAGACUGUGAUAGUGAGUAUGAGGCGGAGCGCAAUGUUUGGCCUCAAGAAAACCCGAAUGCUGCUUUUGGCUUAGUACAUUUAGAGCUGGGGAUGGAAUUCGAAACAAUGGAGCAAUUCAAAAGAGCUGUUAGGAAGUUCAAUAUACAAAUUGGAAGGAGUAUAAUGUUUAGCCGAGUGGAACCAUUGAAGUGUAAGGCAAUUUGUUGUGAGCCCAACUGUCCUUGGAGUAUCUACUGUUCCAGGUCUAAUGAACCAAGGAGUUUUCAAGUUAAGACGUUUGUCACUCAACAUGUUUGUGCAAGAAGCCACACCAACAAGUCAGCUGAUAGAAAGUGGGUUAUUGAACAGCUAGAGGAGAAGUUGAGGGACCAAAGAGACUUUAAAACAUCUGAAGCUGAGGACUGGUUUAGGAGAGAGUUCAAUGUAACCAUCAACUACAAAAAAAUACAAAGGGCAAUGAAGAAGGCUAGGGAGAAUAUUGAGGGGUCUGAGAGGGAGCAGUAUGCUGAGUUGAGGGAUUACAUACUUGCCUUGCUGAUAGCUAAUCCAGGAGCAACUAUUGAUAUGGACACUACCCCUAUGCCUGAUUCGCUCCCGAUCUUCAAGAGACUAUACAUAUGUUUUGACGCUUGCAAAAAAGGUUUCAUACAAGGUUGCAGACCAUUUAUUGGACUUGAUGGUACAUUCUUGAAAGGUUACUAUGGUGGGCAGUUGCUUACAGCAGUGGGACAAGAUGCUAACAAUCAGAUCUUUCCCAUUGCAUAUGCAGUCGUUGACUCAGAGACAAGAGAUAACUGGAGAUGGUUUCUAGAACUUCUGCAUCGUGAUUUGGGAAACUAUAGGGUGCAUGGUUGGAACUUCAUGAGUGACCAAUAUAAGGGUCUGAUACCAGCCAUGGAGCAGGUUAUGCCCGGAGUGCAUCAUCGGUUUUGUGCAAUGCACAUUUGGGCCAACUUCACUAAAAGAUGGAAGGAUAAACAGUUGAAAGGAGCUGUGUGGGAAUGUUGUAGAGCCACCACUGUUACUGAAUUUGAGGCUGCAAUGAUGAGGUUAAAGGGCAUCAACAAUGCUGCCUGGGAAUACUUGGAUCGACUUGACCCAAAAACUUGGACAAAGGCACAUUUCAGUGAGUGGCCUAAGGUGGACAAUGUCACUAACAACAACUGUGAGACCUUCAAUGGUAAGAUUCUCAAAUACAGAAGCAAGCCAAUCAUAACAAUGUUAGAGGAAGUCAGAGUUCAUGUCAUGAGGGUUAUGGCGAGGAACAAAAAAUAUCUAAGUGGCUAUGUUGGGGAUGACAAUGGAAAAAUUUAUGAGGUUGAGAAGCAUCCUAUUAAGGUUACUGUUGACUUGGGAAAUCAGAAGUGCACCUGUCGAUUUUGGCAGCUCACAGGCUUGCCGUGUAGACACGCUUGUGCAGCACUUGCUCUAAGGGGUCGUAGGCCAGAAGACCAGAUCCAUAAUUGGCUGGGAAUGGCUGCAUAUAACUCAGCAUACCAGCAUAACAUAAACCCCGUACCAAGAAAAGAAUUCUGGGAGAAAGCUGAAGGCUAUCCUCCACUGCCCCCUCACUAUAAGACACCCAUUAGAAGACCAACAAAAAAGAGAAGAAAGGAGAAAAAUGAGGCACGGCCAAGUUCCAACCCCCAUAAGCUUAAAAGGAGAUAUGGAACAAUCAGUUGCAAAUACUGUGGAGAGAGUGGCCACAACAGUAGGGGUUGUGAAAAAAACAGGUUGAUAUGA